CGCAAACAGAAGAAAUACACUACUGUCAACAAGAGCUAACUGUCAGAGCAGCAGAAAUGUCAACAGAUCGCCCUCAUCCAAACUAUUAAACCUUUCCUCGUCAGAAUUAAUGUGAACCUUCCCGGGGAUUUCCUUUAGUGGGACACAAAUCCAUAAGGUGACCAUGGCUACUCAUCCAGCACCGCUGCCCUUGAGGGAAUUCUGUCCUCUCUACUACCUACUCAAUGCCAUUCCUGCUAAAGUCCAGAAAGGCUUCAGAUCAGUGAUGGUUUACUUGACAGCUCUGGACAGCAACGCAGAUUAUAUAGCUAUUGGCAGCAGCAUUGGAAUGCUGUAUCUGUACUGCAGAACAGUGAACCAGAUGAAUAAAUACAAUUUAGAGGGAAAAUGUGAAGCCAUUACUGCUGUGAAGUUACUGAGUUGUUUUGAUGAUCUUGUGGCUGUUGGGACGGCAUCAGGCCGAGUUGCUUUCUAUCAGCUUGUGUCACCAUUGCCUGGCAGAAAUAAACAGCUGAGAAGGUUUGAUGUAGUGGGUUUGCACAAAAGCACAAUUACAGCCCUAUCAUGGAGUGCUAAUGGCAUGAAGCUCUUCUCUGGGGAUGAUAAGGGAAAGGUGGUCUACUCUGCUGUGGACCUGGACCAGGGAGUGUGUAACCCUGUGAUUCUCAUCGAGGAGUCCUCAGCAAUAGUUCAGUUGGAGUACAGUCAAAAAGUACUUCUGGUUUCAUCCUACCAGCGCUCGAUGCUCUUUUACACGCAAGAACAGUCGCAUCAGCAGCUGGGCACUAAACCACGAAAAUGUAAUGGCAAGUUUGGUGCCUGCUUCCAGCCAGCUCUCUGCAAGCAGAGCGAUCUAGUGGUCUAUGCAGCCAGGCCAGGGUUGCGUCUGUGGAGGACAGAUGUGCGAGGGCGUGUGGGGGAAACCCACGUCCUGAAGCCCCUUUUUAAUCAGGAGGUCCCUCAGUUUGAGCUGUUCCCACGUUCGGGUUCUACCGGAGGUUACCGGCCUUCAGAAAGACAGCUGGGAUUGGUCAGCUGUUUCCUGAAGGAGGGCUGGGUCCUCAGCUGGAAUGAAUACAGCGUUUAUGUUGUGGACUGUACCAACCAGGUUAUUAUUGGCGGUUUGGAAAGCAGUGGGGAUAUCGUGUCUGUGUCAUGCACGGAGAAUGAAAUCUUCAUUCUGAAAGGCGACCGGGAUAUUUUAAGGAUCUCAAAUAGCCCCGAGGGAUUGGUUUCCAACUUAUUGGACCAUUCCUACCGUUUCAUGUCCCCUCUUUCUACGCCCACUAUUCUGCUGCCCCCUAAUGGUGCUGUGGAGACAGCACAGCCAAUCAGGACCAUGCCCAUCAUUACAGAACAGGAGAUUCAAGUCACCCCCAGCUUAGAUGAGGCCCGUGAGGGGGUUGAGGAGUCAGAGGAGGUACAGGAGGAGCAGCAGCCGGAGGAGUUUAGUCAAGGGGUCGAGGCUCUAGAGGUCACCGAGGACGUGGAGGAGCAACACGGGUUCAGCUUGGGUACAAUAGAGUCCCACAGCCGUAGCAGCUCUAUCACCUCUUGGGAAAGCACACCUGGCAUGUUUACCGCUACAGAGGCAUCUGCCUCAGAGCUAUCCUCCAGCCGAUACAGCACCAUCACUCAAGAGGACUUCCAGCAGGAACUGGUGGUCAAAGCCAUCAAGCUGAAGAAGAAGGGCAAGAGGAGAAGACAUGAGAGCGGGAACCGUGUCAAUGAGUGCAGCAGCUGGUCGGAGAGCAUGUUAAGUCAGGACGGUGCAGCCAGCGAUGUUCUCAACACUCCCUCCGACCGCACCAGCCUCCUGUGCAGCAGCCUAGAUCUCCACAGCACAAGCUCACCUGACCAUGAAGGGUCCUUUUAUGGAGAAACCCACUGUUCCAAUGACUUUCAGACCCCACCAGAACACUCACCAAAUCCCAAAGAUCCAGAUAUCCACACCGCAGAGACCCAGCCUGUUUGUCCUACAUCACUCCCCCUACAAGACAUGGAGUGCCAUGCGUAUAGUGAAAACGUGUUUGAAGAAAACGAGCCCCAAAUUGUGGCUACGCCUGAUGUGGACAUGCUCCUGGAAUGCACCUUCUCGUACAUGCAAACAGCUGAUGAACAGGACGUUAUAGAGGAACAUAUGAAGGAGGUUGUCCCGCUGGAGGAUUCUCAGUGGCGUUCUACAGAUAGCUUGCAUGGGGAUUUUAACUUGAACUUAUCUUAUGAUCCAAUCAGACCUCUGGGUUACUCCCCCGAACCCGAACCGACACCCUCUAGUGAUGAGGAGGACAUCUAUGCCCAUGUGCCAUCCAGCAAUAGUCUGGGAGAUGGACUCAACGCUCUGAGUCUGCAAGGCUUGUCUUCUAAACAGAAAGAAGAUGAAGAGAUGCAGCUUCUCAAAGCAGACCAGUUGGCAGAAAGCUGGAUGGGCUACAGUGGACCUGGCUGUGGAAUCCUCAGUCUUGUGGUGACAGACAGGUAUAUCUGGUGUCUAGACUUUAAAGGAUGUCUUUACUGCAGUGGGCUUCCAAACGGUGGAUUGAGCUGGCAGAAGUUUGAAGAAAAUGUCCAUCAGGUGGCGCUGUCUCAGUCAGGGUCUUUGCUAUGGAAAGUGGAGCAGAAAACCAUGACUGCUUACGCUUGUGGGAAGGUCACGAUCAAAGGAAAGAGACACUGGUAUAAAGCCCUAGAUGAAACAGCUUUUGUGGCACUUGGUGAUGAUACAGCAUGGAUCAUUCGCACCAAUGGAGACCUUUACCUACAAACAGGGCUGAGUGCGGACAGGCCAUGUGCACGCUCUGUAAAGGUGGACUGCCCGUGUCCCAUGGCGCAGAUUGCAGCACGUGGCAGUGUUGUGUGGGCACUAAGCGAACAGAGGGGCGUGUUCUACAGAGAGGGGCUCAGCAGCUACUGCGCAGAGGGGGAGCAAUGGAAGUAUGACACCGUCAGUGAGAGUCAAGGUUUGGAGCCCAUCUGUAUUGCUCUGGGUGAGAAUAACACAGCAUGGGCACUGGAUACCAGCGGGAGCUUGUGGUUCAGAACGGGGGUCACUGCCAAAAACCCGCAGGGUGAAGAUGAACACUGGUGGCAGGUGAGCAUCACAGACUACGUGGUUUUUGAUCAGGGCAGCCUAUUCCAGACUCUGAUCCAGGCCACACAGACCGUCGCCACGGCCACCAGAGCUCCGGUGGAGCGGGUCGCCGAGCGUCUGCGCGUGGCCUUCCUCUCCCAGCACUCCCAGUGCCAGCCCAGCCUCAUCAGCGUCAACAGCAGCGGCAUCUGGAUCGCCUCUGGACGCAACGAGUUUCACGUUGCUAAGGGCAGCCUCAUCGGGACGUUUUGGAGAGGUGUUGUACCCAGAGGAACAGCUUCAGCCACAAAAUGGGCCUUUGCGUUUUCUUCUGCUGUUCAAGGCAAAGAGGGAAGUUUCCUUUGGAUUGGUCAGAGCAGGAAAGACCUGUUUUGCAUCUGGGAUCAAGACUUCCAGAUGCGGCCCUUCACCAUCCAGUUUCCCCCAGACGUUGAGAUGAUUCAGCUCUCUGCCUGUCAUGAUGCUCUCUGGGGAUUAGAUCACUACGGUCGCGUCCACAUCCGCACUUUAUCAUCCAGUUGUCCCACUGGAAUGCACUGGACGUUACUGGACCUCAGCCAGCUUGGGCAGGUGAGGUUUCUCAGUAUGUCCUGUGGUAGUCAGAAUGUAUGGGCGUGUGAUGCAAACGGUAUGGUGUAUUUUCGGGUUGGAACUCAACCUCUGAACCCUAGCAUGAUGCUCCCUGCCUGGAUCUGCAUUGAACCUCCCGAGCAGCCUGCUGGACUUCAUCUAGUCAGAAUUCAGACCAGUCAAAAUGACCGCAUGCUGUGGGCGCUGGACAACAGAGGUAACGUGCAUGUGCGCGUCGGCAUCACAGAAGAGAUGCCUGUCGGGACCGCCUGGGAACACAUUCCCGGACUUCAGGCUAAUCAGCUGGUUCUGAGCUUGAGGACCGCCUGGGUGCGCCUGCCCAAUGGCGAAGUGGCUCGCCGGUACGGCAUCACAGAGAGAAACCCAGCAGGUGACUACUGGAAGAAGAUCCCAGGAUUGGUCAACUGGCUUGCAGUGACUCCUUCGGAUGAACUGUGGGCGGUGACUCCCGCUGGUGCUCUCAAUCAGCGACUUACCAAGACUCUGCAAAACAAUAGGAGCAAAAAUCUUGGCAACACGGGCUCCCUUAGUGGAGAGGAGCUUGAGGAAGAGUGGGAGGUGAUUUAGAUGCCACAAAUAGUGUCAUAACCCCUCAAAAUCAUCGUUCUGUGAAUUUUUGUAUGCACUUUAUUCACUUUUCCUUAACCGGUUUACUGAGCGGAACAUUUGUUUUAUCCAUGUUUAAAUUUCCACGUGCACAGUUCAGAUUUUUUGUUGUAAUUCAUAUUUAUUUUAGGCUUGGUUUAUAUACUAAUGCACUUUGCUCGCUAUGUAAGGAAAUGUUUAAUGUGAAUCCGUUGUAAGGUCUUUGGAGGGCCACGCUAUCUGAAUUGUUUAUUAGUCGACGAACCAAAUCAUUAUACAGUAGGUAUAGGAUAAUAUGAGUCACAAUGUUGUUCAAACUAAUCAUCAAAUGUAUAUUGUUCAAACUAACUUACAACUGGGCAUUUGAAAAGGGCAGGGUCUUUUUUAAAUCUCUGAUUUUAGAAAGGGAACUAGACUUAAAUUGGCUUUAGGUUAGAAUGGUAAGAGAUUCAGAUAUGUUUGUAAAUACUCUUGACAAGAGUAAAAUCAUGGUAGCAUUGGGCACAAAUCUGUAAGGCUUAACUUCAGUCAUAUAGAGAGCAUGGUCUCUGAUUUACCUCUAUUUACACUGUAGUGAUGUGUUGCAUAAAUGUGAGGUCAUAUAAAAGAACGGUUCGACUUCUAACUCUUAAAAAAGAAAAAUAUUUCUUACUUUGUUGAUAGAAUCUAUCUUAGUCUGUAAUGAAAUAAUGUAACUUCAUGCUGGACAAGCAUUUAUUAUAAACAUCCAUAUAAGUAAAGAUAAUUUGAUGAGUUGUCUAUGGAUAACUAUAAAUGUGCGAUGUAUUAUGUUUAAUUUUCUCCUUUUCAUCAACUUUGUGAAGUGAUUGUAAAUCUUUCUUUUGAGAUGGUGACACCACUGUAAUGAAUUUAAUGCACAUAGGGAUUGACAAGGCCAUAUACAGUGCAAACAAGUUUUUUUCAUUUUUCCCCGUUAUGUUUAAUUUCCGUUUUAUUUGCACUUACUGUAAAUGGAAUAAAAGUGAUAAAUGUGGAACACUGGAAAUGUAUUGCUACGCCUGUGUGAUGCGCAGGUGAUAUGCAGGUAAACGACAACUCGUAUAUUCACCAUCACUUAAUCUCGCCAGCCGUUCCUCCAUGCUUAGUCAUGACAAACUUCCAAAAAUAAAAUGUUUACAUAUAAGUGUC